AUGUCAUCGUUGAUCGAGAGCAGUAGAAAAAUGUACGAAGUGAUUGCCGUAACCGGAACCAUGAAGUACAUGGCGCUGGAGCUUUUGUUGAAUAUCCGUGAAAAUAAAUUUACUCAACCGCAGAAAUAUCGACAUGAUCUGGAAUCGUUUUUCUACAUCUUGGUCGUGGGAUGCAUGUGUUAUGGUCGUGAUUCCAAAGUUGAACCGACACACUUGGAACAAUGGCUUACUGAGCCUGCAAGAUCCAACUACGAGUCAGAGCUAUCUCAUAUUAUCCAACAUUUUGAUGUAAUGAUACUUGGUUACUUCCCACCGGCCUUUGAUGGUGCUAAGAAACUUGCUAGUAAUUUGCACAAAACAUUGUUUGGACAGAAUAUCAACCAGUUUGGCAUAGACGAAAGUUUCGACGACCUGUACAAUCCGAUCAUAAGUGCAUUCAAUGAAACCAUUGAUGAAAUUGUUGAAGAACCCUUGGAGAAAAUAAAGGAGACGAAGACAAGUAAGACCUCGGCGGUUGAUCUACCGGAGGGAAGGAAGCGGCAAAGAAUAUAA